UUUACAUAGAUACAUCAUUUUAUGUUAAUGAUAAUGAUAUUCUCAUUACUAUGAUAUUUGUAGUAUUGAUAUAUUAUUAAUUUAUCUUUUAAAAAGAUAUACACAUAUAUUUAUAACUUAAAGAAUUUGAUAUAAAAAAGUGACAUGAGUACAUCAAGUGAUACUGAUGACGAAAAUUUUGAAAUACAAAAUGAUAAGGAUGAAGAUUUUAAGAUCAAUAAUUAUGAAAAAGAAAUUGAUAGCGAUGAUUCCUAUUGUAAUAUUUCAAAAAUAAAUAAUGAUGAAAAUGCAGAAAAAAAUCAAGAUAAGGAAGAUAAUCAUCCUGAAAAUGAGUAUGUCGGACCAAUACUUCCUGAAGGCCAUAAGUUUGAUAAAAAGUUUAUCUGUGUUAAAUAUCCUGGAAAUGUCAUUAAUCCAGACAGAGCUAUAGAAACUUUAGGUGGUCUUCAAAGUAUAUCAACGGCAGUGAAUACUCCAAAUCGACGUUUAGAAUUAAGAUUUAGACCAGAUGAUAUUUAUUGUAAGCCAACUUGUGCUGAUAGACAUAAAACUAAUGGUUUCUUGCUUAGAGUUAGAAUUAAAAAAUCUAGAAUAAAAAAAUUAGAAGAAGAUGAAGCCAAACAAAAAAAAAAACAAUCAACAAAUAAUUCUAUGACUGAUGAUAAUAAAAAUACUAAAAAUAAUAUAGAUAAAAUGAAUUUAGCAGAAAUUCAAAAUGCAUUUCAAUGCAAUGAUAAAGAUCAACAAGAUCAAGUUAUGACUAAAUUAAUUGAUCAAGUACAAAAUUGCAGCUUUAAUAUAUUAGAUGAUGCUGUACCUGGUCCUUCUCAUGAGAAUUUAUAUUGUGAAAAUAUCAAAGAAUUAGAAGAUAUAUCUUUAGAUGCAAAUGAUGUAAAUUUAUCAAAAUGUAAAAAAAAUAUAGCACCAACAUUUGAUCGUAAUAAAUAUGAAGAUCUUUCAGAAGAUAAAGACUAUGAACUCCCAGAAUUACAAAUUUUAGGUCGAGUUGAAACAGAAUUUAAAUUUACUAAUCUUUGUGAUUUUCAAUAUUUACCUAUAACUCAAAGCAAAGAAGAUCCAAAAAAAUUAGAAUGUAUAUAUGACAAAAUUUAUCCGAGUAAUAUGCCACAUUAUUCUUGGUUAAAGAAUGAUGUACCUUAUUUUUUACCACCAGCUGCGUUCAGCAGAAUGGAUACAGUACAACAAUAUAUACCAAAAACCGAAGUAAAUUCAUCUCCAGAAAAAACUAGAAAAAGACGAGCAGGAUUUUUGAAUUUUGUUGAUUUUUCGACACCGGAAGUUCCUUCUAAAGCACCAGCAGGCAUAGAAACUGCCAUGAAAGUUAAAUUUAUUCAAAAUGUACAUUUUGAACAGAUACGUCAAAUUUUUGAGGAACGACCAAUUUGGUCAAAGAAUGCAAUCAUGUAUAAAACUAAAUUUUCUUCUCAGCAAUUAAAAAUUUUAUUACCUGCAGUGUCAUAUUACUUUGUGAAUGGUCCAUGGAAAAUUCUAUGGGUAAAAUUAGGAUAUGAUCCAAGAAAUGACAUUUCUGCUAGAAUAUAUCAAAUUUUAGAUUAUAGAGUGAGAGCUAUGCAUGGUUUGACAUCAACUGUUAAAUGUAAAAGAAAUUAUUCAGAAUAUACAUUACCAUAUAAAUCAACACCAGUUUCAAAACAAAAAACAAUCGUGCAAAACACAAUUCCAAAUCAAGAACAAAAUUCUAAAAAAGAACAGGAUUUACAUGAAAAUGUAUAUAUCUAUCGAGAAGGAACAAUACCUCCUUCAAGACAAAUGUUUUAUCAGUAUUGUGAUGUUCUUGUGGAUGAAAUACAAGAAAUGUUAGCAAAAUUACCUGAUCCUUUACCUGGUACUAAAUGCGAUGAAAAAAGAGGCUGGCUACCAAGUGGUUUUGAUGUGCAAUGUAGAGAAAUUAUUAAUAAACAAGUUCGAAUUGUUUUGAGAAAACAAAUGAAUAUUCCUGAUGAUCAUCCUACAUCUUUACCUCGGAAGCGUAAAUAUAAAAUGAAAUUAAAACGUAAUAAGUUUAAAACUAAAAAAAGAAAGAAACAAAAUAAUUCUAUCUCUAGUGAAGAAGAAAAUGAAGAAAAAUAUGAUCAACUUGAAUCUACUACUAUUGAAUCUAAUACUAUAACAGAAAAGUAAAUUAUGAGUAAAUUAUAUAAAUUAUGAGUAAAAUGAGUUAACAUAUAUAACAACAAAUUCUAGUAACAUUCAAUUCAUACGCGUUGUUUAUAAGAUUUGGAUAAAUAAGUGGAUUUUUUAAAUACCUACAAUUAAAGUUUAUUCAUAAAUGUACAGAGUCUGCCAAAUAUCUAUUAAUAAAUAUCUUUACAUUAUUAUUGAUUGAUAGCAUAAUUACAAAUUGAAUAUAACAUAUAAAGAUUAUUGAAUUUCUUUGAAAAAUGAGUGCAGGAAGAGUACAGCGACGAGACACAUUCCAAUGUAUUUGCUAUUAUAAUUGCUCAACAAAUAUUUUUAAUACAUGUAUAACAUGUAU